GAGAGGGCGUGAAGAUUAUUUGUAGUUGCCUCGCCGGUCGCGCUCGCAGACAAACACAGCGCUUCAUACACACACACACACACACACACACACCGCACAAAGAAAACGGCAGGACGAGAAGGAACUGAGCAAUAAAUCCAGGACACAGGAUUAUGCUGUCCUUCUCCUGAGCUGAACUUCAGCCUGGUUUUGACUCUGGUAAACUCAAAGAAGCCUUGUGAAUUUCUGCAUUGGAUUAAGCCUUGGGGUUGCCUGCUCCAGCCGAGUGAUUUUGCCUUCGCUCUCACAGUAAAACCAAUCCGAUAUGCCGAUCGUCAGCCACCACGAGGCCGCCAUGGCUGAUAUGGCACAGAAAGAGAAGCUGCAGUGUCUGAAGGAUUUCCAUAAGGACACGCUUAAGCCAUCUCCAGGUAAAAGUCCAGGGACGAGGCCAGAGGACGAGGCAGAGGGAAAACCGCCACAGAGAGAGAAAUGGGCCAGCAAACUGGACUUCCUGCUCUCCGUAGCUGGCGGCUUUGUCGGAUUAGGGAACGUCUGGCGUUUUCCGUACCUCUGCUACAAGAACGGUGGAGGUGCGUUUCUCAUCCCAUAUUUCAUCUUCCUGUUUGGUGGAGGACUUCCCGUGUUCUUCCUGGAGGUGGCGCUGGGCCAGUUUACCUCUGAAGGAGGGAUCACCUGCUGGGAGAAACUCUGCCCCAUCUUCACCGGAAUUGGCUACGCAUCCAUUGUGAUCGUGUCCCUGCUGAACAUCUACUACAUCGUGAUCCUGGCUUGGGGUCUGUAUUACCUGCUGCAGUGUUUGCAGAGAGAGCUGCCGUGGGCGCGCUGUCGCCACAGCUGGAACACCGAGAACUGCAUUGAAGACACCAUCCGCAAGAACAAAACCCUCUGGCUCUCGGCCAACGUCACCAACUUCACCUCGCCCGUGACCGAGUUCUGGGAACGUAACGUGCUGAGUUUGUCGUCUGGGAUUGAUGAGGUGGGCGAGCUGAAGUGGGAUCUGGCUCUGUGUCUGCUCGCCGUCUGGGUCAUCUGCUUCUUCUGCAUCUGGAAAGGAGUGAAAUCCACUGGCAAAGUGGUCUACUUCACCGCUACCUUCCCCUUCCUCAUGCUCAUCGUGUUGCUGGUGCGAGGCGUGACUCUGCCUGGUGCUGCCGAGGGCAUUAAGUUCUACCUGUACCCCGAUCUGAGCCGCCUCAAAGACCCUGAGGUGUGGAUCGAUGCAGGGACUCAGAUCUUCUUCUCUUAUGCUAUUUGUCUUGGUGCAAUGACUUCACUAGGAAGCUAUAAUAAAUAUAAAUAUAACUGCUAUAGGGACUGCUUGUUGUUGGGAUGCCUGAACAGCGGGACCAGCUUCGUGUCCGGCUUUGCCAUCUUCUCCGUCCUGGGUUUCAUGGCGCAGGAGCAGGGCGUGGCCAUCGCCGACGUAGCUGAGUCAGGUCCCGGACUGGCCUUCAUCGCGUAUCCAAAAGCAGUCACUAUGAUGCCACUGCCCACUUUUUGGGCUAUACUCUUCUUCAUCAUGCUUCUGCUGCUGGGCCUAGACAGUCAGUUUGUAGAAGUGGAGGGUCAGAUCACCUCCCUGGUGGACCUGUACCCAUCCCUCCUAAGGAAGGGAUACCGGAGAGAGAUCUUCAUCGCUGUCAUCUGUGUCAUCAGUUACCUAGUGGGACUCACCAUGGUCACUAAUGGUGGCAUGUAUGUGUUCCAGCUGUUUGAUUACUAUGCAGCAAGCGGUGUGUGCCUUCUCUGGGUUGCAUUCUUUGAAUGUGUGGCGGUAGCCUGGGUUUAUGGCGCUGAUAAUUUCUACAAUGCUAUUGAGGAGAUGAUUGGCUACAGACCGAACGGUUGGAUGAAAUGGAGCUGGAUGUUGAUUACCCCUGUGCUGUGUGUGGGCUGUUUUGUGUUUUCGCUGGUGAAAUACAAACCGCUCACGUAUAACAAAAUGUACAAGUAUCCCGACUGGUCCGUCGGAGUGGGUUGGUGUCUAGCUUUGGCCUCGAUGAUCUGCAUCCCCAUGGUGGUCGUCGUCAAAAUCAUCCAAUCGGAUGGCUCGCUGAUCGAGCGGAUCAAGGCCGUUGCGGCGCCAGUGAAAGGAGCGAGCUCUCGUCCGAAAGAAUGCGUCCUGAAGAACAGCGAGCUGCUCCACCCGCUCGACCCUAAUGGCACUUACGCCCUCACCAAACCCGCUCACACCAUCGUAGAAACUACAAUGUGAGACUCUCUAUGAGAGAACUGUGUUCCCUUUUAUGCUCUUUUAAUUGAAAUGCCUUUUCUGUCAUUUAGUCUGAUCAGACUGCUUCAUAGUGUGUUGUAGUUGUAUUUUUACACAAGAAGGAAACUUUCCUAAUAAUAUCUUUUACUGUUUAGGAAUUGUAUUAUUAUUAUUAUUAUUAUUAUUAUUAUUAUUGUGGUAUUAUUCCUGUCGUUAUUAUAAUUUUUUUUUUAAAGAUAGCUUCACUAAUCAGCAAGUCCGUAGGUGACCGUUUGUCGCAGUGACCCUUAUCGUACGUUGAGGUUUCCUGUACAGCGUUCUUCGUCUUGAUGAAGCUGAAUGUACCUCCGCUUUGUGCGGAAGCUCUUGCACUGCUUACACACACACACUCACACACAUUUGAUUUUUUUUAGGAGAGGGUUUAAGUCCUCAUGUGUGUGCCCAUUUUCUCAAUGGUGCCCUUUUUAAAAUCUUCUGUGCACUUUAGUAAUCACUGCCACACACACACACACACACACACACACUCGCAUACAGUAUAUAUUCAGCCAUCCUGUUGCUCUAAUAAAGUAGGCAGCUGUGCUUUUUAUAGACGCUAGUUAUCACACGCUGCUCUUCUCAUUUAAGAGAGGAGUUUAAAUUAAUUUCGUUUUAAUUCAGGAGUGCCUGACCAUCCUACUGCUGACUCCGAGCUAUUUACCCGUAGUCCAGCAAUAUCUGUCCCCUUUUUAAAAAACAAGACACAUUCUCAUCAAAUACAUACCUUUGUUCAUCUUUACCUAGUUCUAAGCCUUGAUUACCCAAAAGCCCUCACGUUACACCAUACAGCCUUGGGUCCAACAUCCCUAGCGUGCACUGCCAGUCCGGGCCUUUAAAAACCUUCUUCUUUAUGCUUUCUUAUAAUUUAAUUACAUCCUAUACCAGGAAAAUCCUUGUUUCUAUUUGGCUGGUGCAAAUGACUGACUUUUAAAGUAAAACCAAUACUGGAAUGAUGUCAUCUUCAAUGAUGAUUAGUCUCUGGAACUGUCCUGGAGCAGUGAACACCGUUCUUCCAAAAGAUGUAACUUUAUUUGGUAUUUGCAGCUAAUGAUAACAGCAUCAAUCCACUAAUUCUCUCGAAGGUGUCCAUCUGUCCAUCCUUUACAUUAUACCACGUGUCCUGUACAGGGUGACGAUGUGUAUGGAGCCUAUUUUAGGAACUUCCAGUAAGAACCCUAAGUUAAAGCGUGGGAAGGACGCUGAAACACAGAGUGGAGAUGAGAUCAGAUCCAAACCUCAUUGGCAUUGGAUGACUGAUCAGAAGGUUGCAACCCGAGCACCCCCAAAUUGCCACCGGUGGGCCCUUGAACAAGGCCCUUAUCGCUCAACUGCUCAGAUGUAUGACGAAACAGAUUGGAAUGCCGAUAAGGGCGUCUGCCCAAUACUGUAAAGGUAACCCUGGAGGUAAUGAGGCGAUAAGGCUAAGCACGACAUCUCCCACAAGUGUUCGUUCAUUUUCAGCAAACUGUUUAGUGAGAAUGCUUGUCCUGAAGAUGGGGACAGGGAACAUCUCACACCCUUCUAGAAGGGUAAAUGUGAUCGAUCAGAAGACGUUUUGUUUUUCUUUUCAGUCGUUAUAUGACUACUGUACAGAUGGCCCCAAGGGAUGAAGUCUAGAGGUGUUAGGUCUGGUUCUGUCCAGUCUCCUGUGGCUGGUCCAACAAACUGGUCUGGAAAAGAAGUGUAGGAGUUUGAAUUCUGGAAACAAGACCAAAAUAAAAUCUUUAUUUUAAUAUAUAAUAUACAUAUCAUACCUGGACAGGGUGCCAACGACAUAACCACACACACACACACUGAAUCACAGUAGGCAAUUAGAGCAUGCCAUAUAGCUUACAGUGAAUUUCUUUGAGCACCUUUGAGGUGUUACGGCGAACCACUAAGCCAGAGUUUAACUGAUCAAAGAACAAAUAAGGAAUUCAGCGUAUUCAACUAAUUAAUGUUUUCUAACCAAUGAUCAAUAAGAGUAGAAACUGAUACACUCGUACACUUAUAAUUGUAACCCAGUGUAAAUCACCAUAAACUGUAUGAAGAAUUUGAUAAUGUUAUGUUGCUUUUCCAUAAGUAGAUUUGGUUCUAAUGGCAGCAAGCACACUGUAGGACACACAUCAUGGCUGUAUACUGUACCCAAACCACACACACACACACACACACACUCCUUCUAUACUCUAUACACUGUUCACUAAAAUGCAAUUUGCUCACUAGUAUUUCCUCUCCGAUCACAUUUGCCUUCUGAAUCAUCCAUGUUCUAUGGUGCACUACGUCAGUGAUUCGCCUCUAUUUUUCUGAACACGUUCACAGAUUUUUAGCAAAAUGCUAGCCUAAACAUACAUUGUGCAAUAUUUGUAAAGAAGUGGUUUUGUCUUUUUUUUUUAUUAUUAUUAUUAUUAUUAAUUAUAAUUUUCCGCUUAAACAUGUGUGAAAUUAACAAUUUGAACGAGCGUUUAAAACAAGGUCCAUUCAAACAAAUACUGUUGUAACCUGAAACCUUUUGUGUAACCAAAGUAGCUUUGUUAUGAACUCGUUUCAAGAUGCAUAUUGCAUCAUUUAGAUCUUAAAUAAAAAAGAUUUUUUUCCCCUCUGGGAAUAA